UCAUUCAGCCCUUUCUGUAUCGGCGCCUCACGGAGGAAGCAUCGCGCGCGCAGCCGUCUGAGACAGAGGCCUGCACCCCCCCCCCCACCCGCCGCCAUGUCCAAGUCCGAGUCCCCUAAGGAACCUGAGCAGCUGCGCAAGCUCUUCAUCGGUGGCCUGAGCUUCGAGACAACAGAUGAGAGCCUUCGUGGCCACUUCGAGCAAUGGGGCACACUCACCGAUUGCGUGGUAAUGAGAGAUCCAAAUACCAAGCGCUCCAGGGGCUUUGGGUUUGUUACAUACUCUACAGUAGAAGAGGUUGAUGCUGCCAUGAAUGCUAGACCGCACAAAGUUGAUGGCAGAGUUGUUGAACCAAAGAGGGCCGUAUCCAGAGAGGACUCUCAGAGGCCUGGAGCUCACCUGACAGUGAAGAAAAUCUUUGUUGGUGGGAUUAAGGAAGACACAGAGGAGCACCACCUGAGAGACUACUUUGAACAGUAUGGCAAAAUUGAAGUGAUUGAGAUCAUGACAGACCGUGGCAGUGGCAAGAAGAGAGGCUUUGCGUUCGUCACCUUUGAUGACCACGACUCUGUGGACAAGAUUGUUAUUCAGAAAUAUCACACUGUGAAUGGCCACAACUGCGAAGUGAGGAAAGCACUGUCGAAGCAAGAAAUGGCCAGCGCUUCAUCCAGCCAAAGAGGUCGCAGUGGCUCUGGGAACUUCAGUGGUGGCGGCCGUGGAGGUGGAUUUGGUGGAAAUGACAACUUUAACCGUGGCAGCAACUUCAGUGGUCGUGGUGGGUUUGGUGGCAGCCGCGGUGGUGGCUAUGGAGGCAGUGGAGACGGCUAUAAUGGAUUUAGCAAUGAGGGUUAUGGUGGUGGCGGUGGUGGCCCUAGCUACUCUGGGGGAAGCAGAGGCUACGGUGGCAGUGGCAACUAUGAUGGCUAUAACAACGGAGGUGGUGGCUUUGGCAGUGGCAGUGGAGGAAGCAGCUUUGGAGGUGGCGGAAACUACAAUGACUUUGGCAGUUACAACAACCAAUCUUCAAACUUUGGCCCUAUGAAAGGAGGGAACUUCGGAGGCAGAAGCUCUGGUCCAUACAGCAGUGGUGGGGGGGUCGCACUCGGAGGCUUGCUAUCUGAAAGGGGUCACCAGAACAAAAGUUUGAGAACCACUGCUAUAACGCCAUCUCCAAUUGCUCUCUCAGGUGGCUACGGUGGCUCCAGUAGUGGCGGUAGUUAUGGAGGUGGGAGAAGGUUUUAACUACCAGGAAACAAAGCUUAGCAGGAGAGGAGAGCCAGAGAAGGGACAGGGAAGCGACAGGUUACAACAGUUGUGAACUCAGCCAAACACAGUUGUGGCAGGGUGUAGCUGCUACAUGAAGACAUGUGUUAGACAAACUCUCCUUUGCAAACAUAAGGACUGUAUUUGUGACUAAUUGUAUAACAGGUUAUUUUAGUUUCUGUUCUGUGGAAAGUGCAAAGCAUUCCAAUAAGGGUUUUUAUGUAGAAUUUAUUUUAUUUUUUUCCGCACCCAUGCUGUUGAUUGCUAAUUGUAAUAGACUGAUCAUGACGCUGAAUAAAUGUGUCUUUUUUUUUAAA